GCCCAAAAUCCACGUACUCUUUCCGGCUUGGCAGACGUCUCCAGGCUCCCUGUUUUGAUCCUCAGUCCACAGUAUCCCCUACUCAUUCUCCAUCGCCGAAACCAGGUGGCUGCGCACUUUCUCUUUCCUGGUUCCCUGAUUCUAUCUCCGCUAUUAGCUCUGCUUAUCUCUACCUCUCUUUUUUCUCCCCUCUUGUCUUACAAAUUUGGAAAAACACUUCGAUCUUUUUUCUUCAUAUGUUUGUCCGAUUGGCGGUCUAUUGAUUGCUCCCAUGAGUUCUCCUUUUGAUCCACUGCCAUGCAUUUCGUCCUGACAUGUAUCAAUCUCUGGGCGCGCACCGCCUCGUAUACCGCUCUCGCAUUGCCUUUUGUGUUAAGACCGGUCGAAUCGAAAACGCUAUCCAAAUGUUCGACGAAAUGACUCAAUCAAAUUGCCGUGUUUUUAGCGUCGACUUUAACCGAUUGAUUGGCGUUUUAAUCCGCCAUUCUCUCUUUGAUUUUGCCCACCAAUACUACACUAAAAUGGGUCCUCUUGGGUUCUCGCUUUCUCCCUUUACUUAUUCUCGCUUCAUUUCGGGUUUAUGCCAAGUAAAGAACUUUACGCUUAUUGACGAGUUGCUGCAUGACAUGGAGAAACUUAAUUAUGUUCCUGAUAUUUGGGCAUUUAAUAUUUAUUUGAAUCUCUUAUUUCGUGAAGGUAGGAUAGAAUUAGCCUUAGAGGUGUUUGAGAGGAUGGUCCAGAGAGGAAGGGAACCUGAUGUUGUAACAUAUACUAUUAUUGUUGACGGGUUGUGUAAAAUAAAGAAAUACGAUACUGCAAUUUGGUUUUGGCGUGAUAUGAUAAAUAAGGGAUUAAGACCCGAUAAUAAAGCCUGUUAUGCGCUUGUUGUUGGGUUGUGCGGUGGGGGGAAGGUAGAAUUGGCUUAUGAGCUCACAAUUGAUGUGAUGAAGAGUGGUCAAGUUAAGUUUAGUACGAAAAUAUACAAUACCUUGAUUAGUGGGUUUUGUAGAGCCGGUAGGAUUGAUAAGGCUCAGGCGAUUAAAUCUUUUAUGAGAAGAAAUGGUUCUGAGCCAGAUUUGGUUACAUACAAUGUGUUGUUGAAUUAUUGUUGUGAUGAGCUAAUGUUGGAGGAGGCGGAGAAGUUGAUGAAGAAGAUGGAAAGAAGUGGGAUAGAACCUGAUGUGUACAGUUACAAUCAGCUUCUUAAAGGAUUUUGUAAAGCUAAUCGGCCAGAUGAAGCUUAUUUACUGAUGAACAAAAUGGAGUCAAAAGAGUUGUGUGAUGUUGUUUCAUACAAUACUAUUAUUAAAGCAUUUUGCGAGGGAAGUGAUGUCAGAAGAGCUUAUAAGCUGUUCCAGGAAAUGAGGCAGAAGGGGAUUCCACCAGAUUUGGUUACAUUCACUAUACUUACAAAAGCUUUGCUUAGAGAGGGUUUUUCUAAUAUAGCAAAGAAGCUUGUUGAUCAGAUGACAGAAAUAGGUCUAUCACCUGAUCGUAUAUUUUAUACAACUAUUAUGGAUCACCUAUGCAAGAGUGGGAAAGUAGAUAUGGCUCACACCCUUUUUUGUGAUAUGAUAGAACAGGGAAUUUCACCUGAUGUGACUGCACAUAAUGCCCUUAUAAAUGGGUUUUGCAAAUCCUAUAGAGUAAGUGAAGCUUUGCAUUUAUUUGUAGAAAUGGAAAGCAGAGGAUACUAUCCGGAUGAAGUAACAUACAAAUUGAUCAUUGGAGGGCUUAUCGCAGAAAAGAAGCUGUCAGUUGCUUGUAGGGUGUGGGGUCAAAUGAUGGAGAAGGGUUUCACCCUUGAUAGAGCUUCCUCUGAGACAUUGAUUAGCGCCAGUUCAAGAGAAUUUGCUUCUACGUGAGAAAUGGUUAGUAACUUCGUAUCUCAUGAUUAUCUUCCUUUCCCUGUGUGUGCAAUGCCCAGCUUCUGCCAAAGCUAAAGAUGCCCUACUGGAGAUAGAUCCUCCAGUGACCUUUUGGUCAUGCUAUGUUACUUGUUAGUGUUACUAUGCAAGGUAUGGGUCUUGGAUCCCGAAUCAAUGGUAUAGCGACUUUGAUGUGGAUUUUAGAUGGAGUUUGGCUCUUCCACGUCAAGGACUAGUGUUUGGGGUGUUGUCCUCAUAAGGUUCCUAACAGUUAGACUGAUGUGCUUCUCUUCUACAAUUGUAUGGAACCUGGAAAUGCAGGGAAAACUUUAUAUUAGCUUAGAUAGUUAGGUGAAAUAUUUAUCAGAGGCAGCACUUUAAUUGACUACUGACACAACUGAGCCCAAAUUGUGGCAUUCAUUGGCAGGAAUACACCUCAUCAGGUCCGCGUCGUUGGAAACUCAUUGCCUUCUUGGUGAAUUGCCAUUGUGGUGCACACAGUGCAUGAUGGGAUUCGGUGCUUUUAGACCAGAUAAUUCAAAACAACACAACCUUAAUAUAAACCAAUUAAAAGCAAAGAAUUGAGCUGAGUCGCACUUCUGUUGACUGAAAUUCCGUAGCUAUUCCAUGUUUGGCAAUAUCAAUAUUGAACAAAAAUGCCAAAAUUGACUGCAACUGAUUUCUCCAAAUGAGACCACCGAAGUGUACAGACGACAUAGGUGUCAAGAAAUUAAGAGUGCGAAGCUAUGCGUAACAGGCAGCACUUGUCAUUUUGCAGGCAUGAUAUGCAUUUCAAGUGCCAGGACUGGGUGUAGAUCAUGAACAUUCCAAAGUCAAUAAA